CCUCUUUGGUACAUUUAAUUUGAUAUAGCCAUCAUCUAUUAUAUUAUUGUUUAUGAUACUCCAGAAGAUCAUCCAUAUUUAGGUGCUGAAGAGUUGGAAUUGAUAUUGAAAAAUAGAUCAGUCAGUUCAGGAGGUUCGGUGAAAGUUCCAUGGGUCAAAAUGUUUACUUCUAUUCCCGUUAUUGCUUAUUUGAUUCCUGCAUUCACUUAUGGAUGGGUCGUUGGAGCUGUCAUUGCACAGAUGCCAUCAUUUUAUGAAGAUGUCCUCGAAUUUUCACAUACUUCUAAUGGAUUUGUAGCAAGUCUUCCUUGGUUAGUGGGUAUUGGGGCUCAAUUGAGUGGAAGUGCAAUUACAGACAGAGUAAGGAAAACAAACAGAUUUUCGUUAACAGCAAUUCGUAAAGUUGUCACUGUCUUAUCUCUUGGAACUUGUUCAUUUGGUUUAGUAGCCAUAACAUUAUUAGGCAAACGGAAGAUUCUCGUUGUGUUAACCUUAGCCAUCGCUAAAGGAAUGGGUACUUUAUCCGAUGCUGGAGUCGCAGUUAACCAUCUAGAUAUUGCACCUUCAUUUGCUGGUACAUUAUCUGGUUUUUACAGCGUAAUGGCCAGUAUAGCUUCAUUGAUUGCUAAUGAAGCAGCCGCUCAAAUCGUUGGUAAAAACCCAUCUCAACAGAAUUGGUAUCUAUUCUUUUACAUAUCAUCUGCACUUAAUGUGGCCGGUGUGAUAAUGUUUUGUCUUUUGGGUUCUGGUGAAGUUCAAAGUUGGGAUCCAGCAUCAUCCAACAACAGACAAAAUGUAAAAUCAGAAGCACAAAAUGAUCAAGAAAAUACCAAAGAAAAUGGCGAUUCACGAACCGGUAGGUCAAUAGGAUUCGCCCUUUAGAAAUCCCGAGUCAAUAGAAAUUAAAUAAUACGAGUUUAAAAUAUUCAAUUAUUUAAAUCAGAAUAGUUUAAUGUCCUUAUUUAUUAUGAAUCACAAUUACUUGUUUGCAUUUUGUUACAUCUGUAUUAAAUUAAAUCAUUGAGUGGACUUGUUUCUUAA